GAUGUACUACUCAUCUCCGGUAGACGGUAGUGUGACUAUGUGAGGUUCACAUCACAUGGCCAUAUUCAACAAAGAUUUUGAAAUAUAAGUUCCCUCCAAAGUCCAAACCAGAGCCCUAGACCUUCAAAUUCAACUACCAGAUAGAUAGAAAUGACUUCCAGAGCACAAAAUCAACUCCAAAAACCCCCCAAGCAGCCUCCGAGGAUCCUCAAAAAGCAAUGGUCCAUCGACGAUUUCGAGAUCGGGAAACCCCUCGGAAGGGGCAAAUUCGGCCGCGUCUAUCUCGCCCGUGAAAUCAAGAGCAAGUAUGUAGUGGCAUUGAAGAUAAUUUUUAAAGAGCAAAUAGAGAAGUACAGGCUGCAUCAUCAGCUGAGAAGGGAGUUGGAGAUUCAGAGCAGUCUUCGCCACCCGAAUGUUCUUCGGCUCUUCGGCUGGUUCCAUGACGACGAGAGGAUUUUCCUGAUCUUGGAGUAUGCUCACGGCGGCGAGCUCUACAAGGAACUCCGCAAAUCCGGAACCUUUUCUGAAGAACAAGCCGCCACUUAUAUUUCAAGCCUUACUCAAGCACUGGCCUAUUGCCACGAGAAACAUGUGAUUCACAGGGACAUAAAGCCUGAAAACCUGUUGCUGGACCAUGAGGGCCGAUUGAAGAUUGGAGACUUUGGGUGGUCAGUACAAUCGAGAAGCAAGAGACAUACAAUGUGUGGAACUUUGGACUACUUGGCACCAGAAAUGGUGGAGAACAAAGCUCAUGAUUAUGCAGUUGAUAACUGGACUCUAGGUAUUCUUUGCUAUGAGUUUCUGUAUGGUAUGCCCCCAUUUGAGGCAGAAAGCCAGAAAGAUACCUUUAGAAGGAUUAUGAGGGUCGACCUCAACUUUCCCUCCACUCCUCGGGUCUCUGCAGAAGCAAAGAAUCUCAUUAGUCGUCUUCUGGUGAAGGACUCUUCAAAAAGGCUGUCUCUUGGAAAGAUCAUGGAUCAUCCUUGGAUAAUAAAGAAUGCUAAUCCCAUCGGAGCAUGCUGGAAUUGAGAUCAUGGUUCAAGAUAGUGAAGGAUAUUAAUCAUUUUGCUUGUAAAUACAUGUCAUAUAUCAAGGCACUAAACCAAAGGGAUUUAUCUUGA